GGCACCUGCUGCAUCACCAGGCUGUGUGAACAGACUCAAUUGCCAGAACUCACAGAACAGCAGUAUGAGCACCAAAACCUCACAGGAAAAAUGGAGAAAGUGAUGGAUGAUUUCAGAACUUCAGCUCCUGAGGCAAGAGGUCCUCCCAACCCUAAUGUCGAAUAUAUUCCCUUUGAUGAAAUCAAGGAAAGAAUACUGAAAAUUGUCACUGGAUUUAAGGUGCACGGCCAUCAAACUGGAACAUCAGCUCUCCGGCCCUCAAACUGCAACUGGAAUAUCAGCUCAACAUCAGCUCCUCUCCAGGUCUACGGCUGCAAGACCCUCAAACCGGAACAUCAGUUCCUCCCCAGGUCUGCGGCUGCAAGACCCUCAAAUAGGAAAAUCAGUUCCUCGCCGGGUCUGUGGCUGCAAGACCCUCAAACCAGAACAUCAGCUCCUCCCCGGGUCCACGGCUGCAAGACUCUCAAACCAGAACAUCAGCUCCUCCCCGGGUCCACGGCUGCAAGACCCUCAAACCAGAACAUCAGCUCCUCCCCGGGUCCACCGCUACAAGACCCUCAAACCAGAACAUCAGCUCUUCCCCGGGUCCACGGCUGCAAGACCCUCAAACCAGAACAUCAGCUCCUCCCCGGGUCCACGGCUGCAAGACCCUCAAACCACAACAUCAGCUCCUCCCUGGAUCUCCAGCUGCACAGCUCUCAAACAGGAACAUCAGCUCCCCACAGGGUCUCCAGCUGCACGGCCCUCAAAUUGCAACAUCAGUUCCCCCCUGGGUCUCCAGGUGCACCGCCUCAAACUGCAACAUCAGCUCCCCGCUGGGUCUCCAGCAGCACAGCCCUCAACCUGGAACAUCAGCUCCCCCCGGGGUCUCCAGUUCCACGGCCCUCAACCUGCAACACUGGCUCCCCACCGGGUCUCCAGCUGCACGGCACUCAAACUGGAACAUCAGCUCCCACCGGGUCUCCAGCUGCACGGCCCUCAAACUGCAACAUCAGCUCCCCCACGGGACUCCAGCUGCACAGCCCUACAACUGGAACAUCAGCUCCCCCCGGGUCACCAGCUGCACAGACCUCAAACUUGAACAUCAGCUCCCCGCCGGGUCAUCCUGCACGGCCCUCAAACUGGAACAUCAGCUCCACCCCUAGGUCUGCAGCAGCACGGCCCUACAACUGCAACAUCAGCUUCCCCCCCGGGUCUCCAGCUGCACAGCCCUACAACUGGAACAUCACCUCCCUCCCAGGUCUCCAGCUGCACGGCCCUCAAACUGGAACAUCAGCUCCCCGGCCCUCAAACUGCAACUGCAAUAUGAGCUCAACAUCAGGUCCUCUCCAGGUCUGCAGCUGCAAGACCCUCAAACCAGAACAUCAGCUCCUCGCCGGGUCUCCGGCUGCACGAUCCUCAAAGCAGAACAUCGGCUACACUCCGGGCCUGCGGCUGCAACACCCUCAAACCAGAACAUCAGCUCCUUGCCGGGUGUGCGGCUGCACGACCAUCAAACCGGAACAUCAGCUCCUCCCCGGGGUCUGCGGCUGCACGACCCUCAAAGCAGAACAUCAGCUACUCGCCGAGUCUGCGGCUGCACCACCCUCAAACCAGAACAUCAGCUCCUCCCCUGGUCCGCUGCUGCAAGACCCCCAAACCAGAACAUCAGCUCCUCCCGGGGUAUGCGGCUGCAGGACCCUCAAAGUGGAACAUCAGCCCCUCCCCGGGUCAUGCGCUGCACGACACUCAAACAGAACGUCAGCUCCUUCCUGGGUCUGCAGCUGCACGACUCUCAAACUGUAACAUCAGCUCCUCCCCGGGUCUGUGGCUGCACGACCCUCAAAUUGGAACAUCAGUGCCUCCCCGGGUCUGCAGCUGCAAGACCCUCAAACCAGAACAUCAACUCCUCGCCGGGUCCGCGGCUGCAAACCCUCAAAC